AUGUAUUUCAAUAUCAUAAUCAAUGUCGCAUUUGUUAAAAACACACACGCAAAAAAGAUUAUUUCAAGGUCAUCCCGCCUAGGAUACGAGGUUUCCUUAGGAGUGGAAGGGUCGCUUCAUCUGCUAAACGCAUUGGCUUUGUCGUCGCGUCGAGUCCAGAUCCCCCCGACUUGGUUGACCGACCGUCUAGACAAGCCGCCAGGACAGGAGGCUUGUGUCUGCUGGGCAAACCAGGCUCCAGAUGAGCCUGCGAAGAGAGGCUAUAACUCAAAGAAAACACAUGUCCAGCCGGACGCAUACAUCGUGUUCACGAAGCACUUUGUCUCAGAUAUCUCCUGGCAGACGGACACCUGUUGCAUGGAGAUCGCUUUAAGUAUGCGUUGA